GCUGCUUUCUGAACCCAUGGCUGCUAGCCUACAUUGGAAGGGGGAUGAGAUGCGCAGGGAGCAUUGCAAACCACACCUCCUAGCUUGGACCUGCUCUGAUACUCUAUUUACAGUGGCAGUGUUUGUUCUCCACCAGUUUUCUGCUGCGGAAUAUACUGCUGGUUCCAGGGAAGGGAAGCAAUACUGUUCUACUGCUCCAGCUCUUCUGUUUGCUCUUGCCCUGGGAAAAAAGACUUUGAGAAGAUGGAGAACCAGAGUGGAGCGCUCUUGGGAUAUGUCCGAUGGGAAGGAGAAGAGGAAGGGGAUGAGGAGGAUGGGGUGGCUCCUGGUGCUUCUCCUUCCAGGCAGAUGAGCAAACUGGAAGAUGUGCAGGUGGAGAUGCUCGAGAAGGCAAGGGAGCUCUUCCAGCUGUGUGACAAGGAUGAGAAGGGUUUUAUCACCAAGGUGGACAUGCAGCGGCUCCAGAGUGAACUUCCCCUAACCCUUGAGCAACUGGAGACUGUUUUUCACAGCUUGGAACAGAACAAUAAGGGAUACCUGACACCUGUGGAGUUCAGCUUGGGGCUAGGAAAGUUAAUAGGGAUUGAAUUGUGUCAAGGGGCAGGGAGAAUGGACCGCUCCAGACAUGAGGAGACCUUUGAAUCAGGCUGGUCAGAUGACUUGGACCCGGCAGAUGAUGAUGAAGAGAAACGAUUCUGUUCCAUGAUGGAGCAGCUCGGCACAGUCCAGAUGUUUGAAGAUCCACGAGAGAUUCGGGAGCUCUGGGCUCGGCUACGAAAAGAGCGUCCGGAGCUGUUAUCCAAUUUUGAAGAGUUUCUGUUGCGUGUUUCAUCAUACAUAAGGGAGGUGAAUCAUGAGAAGGAAUCUAUGGAACAGGCACUGAAGCGGAAGGAGACAGACCAUGACCGAGAAGUCAGGUGCCUUUAUGAAGAAAUGGAGCAACAGAUCAAAGCAGAAAGGGAGAGGCUGAUCUGCCAGGAAGCACUGAGACAUGACAGGAGUAACCUGCUCCAGAAGGAACUGCACAGCAAAGAGCAGGAGCUGGAGAAAAUCCUUUACUGCCAAAAGAAGCUGGAACAUCAGCUACAGUCGCUGAACUCAGAGCAGCUGGAGACCCGUGUGCAGAAUGAAAGGCUCCGGCACCUGAAUGAAAACCUGCUGGAAGAGCUGGAGAAAAGCAAAUGGGAGCUGGAGGCAGUGAAGGGGCAAUUACAGAAGCUCCAGAAAGAGGCUCAGCUUGAGCAAGAGCAGAAGGACAGGGAUGUGUUUAGAGUCUCCAAGAACAUGCAGAAAGAGAAACAAAGCCUCCUUCGGCAGCUGGAGCUCCUCAGAGAGAUGAACAAGAAACUUCGAGAUGAGCGAGAUGCUUUUGAAGCCAAGAAGCUGGCACCUCAGAGCAAAAAGCCCCUGUUGAAGAAAGGGUCAGUGGUAGGCAGUUACCUGCUGGACGACAAGCCGGUCAAACGACAACUGGCCUCUGAGGACCCUCCUUUCACCUUCCCGGUGGAUGUGGCAGUGGAAGAACCCAACAGAAAGAACUGUAAAUACUUCCCAGGCAACAGGAUGUGGUUGAAAACAGGAGAAGGAGGCAGCACAAACUUUGGAGAGAACAGCAGAGACAAGGAGAGAUGGUCACUGGCAGCAGAUGUUGAGUGGCUCAAGAUGACUUUGAAGGGUGAUGCUGACUGUCGAAAACACGCAGAUGGAUUAGAUGAUGCUCCCUUGCCUCCUAGAGAACAGCCUGUUGGCACCGAAACCAGGCUCCAGGCACGGGAAGCAGCUAGCUGUUCCCCAGACCGCAUCUUUAAAGUGGUGUUUGUAGGGAAUUCCGGUGUUGGGAAGAGUUCCUUCAUCCACCGUUUCUGCUAUGACAGGUUUUUGCCUGAACUCAAUGCAACCAUUGGGAUCGAUUACCAGGUGAAGAGUCUGGUGGUGGAUAAUACCCAGGUUGCCCUACAGCUGUGGGAUACAGCUGGACAAGAAAGGUUUCGGAGCAUUACCAAGCAGUAUUUCCGGAAGGCGGAUGGGAUUCUGGUGAUGUACGACAUUACAGCCGAGUGCUCCUUCAUGGCAGUGCGGAACUGGAUGAGCAGUGUCCAGGAAGGUAUCGAGGAUGGAGCUGUGGUCUUUCUGCUUGGAAAUAAAACGGAUGCUGCGCAGAGAGAGACUUGGAGUGUGCCCAAGAUGGAAGGCGAAAGGCUGGCAAAGGAAUACAAGGCUGUCUUCUAUGAGUGCAGCGCAAUGACUGGCUAUAACAUCAUGGAGCCCAUGUUACACAUGGCCAGGUCAGUGAACAGCAACGGUCACCCUGUGAUAUUUCCCCAGCUGUUGAUUGCUGACAGCACAAGAAGACAGGCAGAGGGAGAAUGCCCUGCAGCUGGAAGAUGUCAGCAGGAGGAAAGGGUGCUGCACAUAAGGCACAUCAGUGUGUCAGCAAGCAACGUGUGCCAACACUGUUUCAUGAAGCUGGGGUUCCUUUCAAGCAAGCCAAACCUAAUGGUAUCAGCUCUGCAGAGACUUGGGGAAGCUGAAACUUUUCCCCAUCUGGGAAUUUCAAGGCACUAAAUGAGACAAAAUGUGCAAAUGAUUUGCACUGUUCCAUUUCCCAGCUCUGCAUGCAGCCCUGGUCUCUGGAGGCCCCUGCUUCUUUGAGGGAAUUUGGCUGGUCUUGGCUAAUAGCACAAACUGGGCCUUCUGUCUUGAGAGGCCACUUUCCUGUAAAAGGAUGAGGUUUCUUUCCGGCAAAGAAAUGACUUAGCAGCAAAGAGUGGAGGACACAGUGGGUGCUGUGUUAAAUAGAAUUUUAGUGUAAGAGUACAGAAAUUACAUUAAAUUUGGGCUCAUUCUAGGUAGUGACCCAUCGUCUCAAAGAGCAGCAUCUCCUCUUGGUCCUCUUAACAGCAGAGCCCAGCUGAAAGCCUGCUGUGGUAAGCAGGAAAACAUCCUCUCCUGUUAAGAGCUGGAUCAGCCACUGUACUUACUGCAAAAUUUGGUUUGACUGGCCAAUAUUGUAGUUAACUGAGUCCAUAUGUGGAUAUAGUAUGAACUGAUAAGUGAGUCAUCCCAAAGGCUUUCUUCACUUUGUUACCCUAAUGGAAUGUUACUGCCCCUCUCAUACUGUUUACAGAACACACAGCAGUUGCCCUGGGACUCGCAGGCGCUGGCAUGUGCUGCUGAUUCAUAACCUGUUUCAGGAGCUGUGCUGUACAUACUGGGGCAGGGUCAUAUACAGCCUGUUUUAAGGCUUAAUGCUGCCGGUUUCCUCCCAUUCUCUUACAAUUUCCUGAAGAAACCUCCAGCAAUUAGGAACUGACUUAUCUGAGGUACUGCAAGAUCCCACACUUGACCACAGUGCUUUCAAAUGUAUCGGGGUUGGAAGCACAAGGCAGUUAGAUGACUGUGUGAAAUGUACCUAGCGAAGCUUUUUCUCUUGCAGUGACUCUGUGCAAUAACCUCACUUUCUUGGUGAAGUGCCUGAGAAAGAGCAGAACAAACUGUUCCUGUUGGGAAGGGGCCUUCUAGUCGUUAAGGAGUGGGGCAAAGCAGAGUGAGGGGAGGUGCAGGCUGAGUUAGGAGCUGGCCUCAAGUGUGCACCUCUCAGCAUAGCUACCGCAUUGCCUGGGCAUGAAGCCCCUGGUGUUCUCUGGGGGUGCUGCUUUCUGUUCUGUAGUUCAGUUUCUCUUAAAGCCUUGAGGGAUUAAGUGAGCUUUUUUGUAAUGCCCUCUUGCCUUCCUUCUUUGAGCCUGUUUCUGAUGGUGACUUUGACAUUUUAGGUGCAAGAUGUGAUACUGUAGCUGUCACGCAGCCCCCCCAGCCUUGCAGCAUAAGGAAAGCCUAUAUUUAUCCACUGUCUUUCCUCUCUUGGGAUAAUGUUUGAAUGUUCUUCUACUGAACAGAUUUCUCUGGGAACAUCCCAUGCAGGAAAAGUGCUCUGAGUCACCUACAGCUCAUCAGUGCUACAAAGAAUUUCCAUGGUUCCUCCCAGCGCCCAUUAUUCCUGAUAGGAAAGAGGAAGUCCUUCUCCAGAAGAGCAGGACUCCUGACUAAAAGUAAUAGCUAAAAGUAAUAAGCUCCUGCUCAGCCCCUACUGCCAGCUGGCUGUGUUUCAUGCUGUGUUUAACUACAGUAAUGCCUUUCAGAGACUGAUUAUCAGAAAGCUAGAAGAGGUCCAGAAGGAACCAGGGCAGCUGUGCUGCCAGUGGUAUUGCUUCUAUUUGCAAGAAAUUAUGUUUGGGAAGGGAAGUCCUCUGUUUUUGGAAAACACCUGUAAUCUGAAAAUAGACAUGACUUUUUGGCUCUACUGUAGCCAAUGUGGGUGUACAGGAACACAGCCUUUAUCACCUGCUGAAUAGGUUAAACCCACUCCCUGAGUUGGGGGAUCUCCUGUCAAUGAUUCCCCCUGCAUCAUGCUCCAGUUUCAGGUUAAUAAGUAGUGGCGCUAACUAAAAAAUGGCAUCUUUGGUCAGGGCACACCAGUAAUGCUAACAUUUACCCACCUGCAGCAGAAGGAUUUGCGAAGUUGCUGCAGAAGGAAGAGAACAGUACCCAGUCUGUUAACGUGGUCUGAACACACACCUCCCACACUACAUAAAGAGCACCUGAAAGACAAAGGUGUGAAAUACAGCUGACACACAAAUACAGGCCAGGCUGUGUGUUACCUUUGUCAUCAGUGCUUUCAUAUUGCAUUGGCAAGAACUACCACAUGUUGUGUUUUUUUUCUAAUGUACAACCUUAAGGAUGUUUUCUUAGUGUGCAAGCAGACUAUGGGCAAUAAAGAAACGCUGUCUUACAAA